CUGCAGAAACAAUGGAGGAGGAAGGAGAAACAAAUGAAGAUAUAAUGGAAUAUGAAUCUCCAGAACAAUUGGGAGAACAACUGGUAACACUGUCGUUGUUGCCAGACUCAAGGUGGAGAAAUCUCCUUAACCUCGAUAUCAUUAAGCAAAGAAACAAACCAAAGGAGCCUCCAAAGGUGCCAAAAUCAGCUCCAUUUUUUAUUCCAACUUUGCCUGGACUUGUUCCUCGCUUUGCAACUGAUGUGGGGGAGGAUGUACCACAG